CACAAACGACAGAGAGGUAUCAAUAUUUGAGGCUUGAUGGAGGAAUACUUAGCUCCAAUACCUAUCACUCAUCUCCUUCAACACACAUUGAGAAGCUUGUGUAUACAAGAGAACUCUCAAUGGGUUUAUGCAGUCUUUUGGAGAAUCUUACCUAGAAAUUAUCCUCCACCCAAUUGGGGAUUCCAAGGAGUAGCAAAAAACAGAUCAAGAAUAAAUAAGAGGAACUGGAUGCUGGCAUGGGAGGAUAGCUUCUGCAACUUUGUUGAACCAAUAGCUGACUUUGAUUCUGGGACCGCCUCAUAUGUUCACAAAAACUUUGAUCCUCAACUUGGACUGCAACCUGAGCUCUUUUUCAAGAUGUCCCAUGAAAUUUACAACUUUGGAGAAGGUUUGAUUGGACAAGUUGCUGCAGAUAACAGUACUCAUAGAUGGUUUCACAAAGAAUUCAGUGUUCAAGAACACAACUCAUCUGCAUGGAAAAGCAUAGGAGACUGGCCAAGGACAUGGAAAGCUCAGUUUCAAUCUGGUAUAAAGACAAUCUCUCUAAUUGCAGUAAAAGAAGGUGUUCUUCAAUUGGGAGCUGUUAACAAGGUAGCAGAAGACCCCAGCUACGUUGCUCAAGUACAAAAUAUAUUCAGUUAUUUUCAUGGUGUCCCUGGUUUCCUCCUACCUCACCCAGCAUCAUCAUCACCAACAACACCAUUCAAGCUUCACGAGUUCAACCAUUGGAGUCCACAUUACACUUCACCUUCUCAUACAGUUCACUCUUCCUUAUCAACAAUGGAACAUCUCUAUAAUAUUAACUUCAAUCAACAGCUGAUGAUUACUCCUUCAAUGAGCAGCCUCGAGGCGCUCCUCUCGAAACUCCCUUCUGUAGUGCCAACACCAUCCCCACCUUUGCUUCAUGACUUGCAUGAUUAUUCACCACUUGAGUUUUCUAUCCCCUCACAAACCACUGGAGCUGGUUGGAGCUGGAAGGAAGUAGAUAGACAGAAGGGAAUGAAUGAAGAGAAAGAACACGUGUGGGAUUAGAAGUUUCAUGUAUUAGAUAGCAGAAGACUGAAACGUGCCAGAAUUCGAGGAUUCCGAGGACAGAUAUAUUGUCAUGAUCUCAGAAAAACUAGUGGCUAAUAAUCAUAUAUACGCAUUCAAAAGCUGCCAUACACGUGAGUAGUCCCUUCCAAACCGAUUCAAAAAUUGACUUCUUUCGGAUAGGAACAA